AUCGAUCUGUCAUUUCCAUGUUUUUGUCAAGUUUUAUUCAUAUAUUCCAAAGUAGGAAAAUAAUAAUUCAUAAUUUGUAAUAAUUUAUCAUAAUGUAAAUCAUUUUACCGCUCACAUUAAAGAAUUAGGAUGUCAAUCAACAGAGUGCAAAAAUUACUCUUAUCUGAAUAUUGUGAUUUCGACGAUAUGGUGCUCAUUGAAAGCCCAUUCGCACAGACAACCAAAGAAGGUACUGGAAUGCGGCAAGUUCAUUUAGGUUUAACUCCAUCCAAAUUAAUUCUAGCCACCGACGUUCUACCUCCUGUAUCGAAUGGUAAUUUUGCAUGCAGUUCUUGUAUAGAUCCUGAAAUCGAAACGUUUGAAUUGAUAGCUAUUUACCCAGUCGAGUGCGUGAAUUUAAGUGUAUAUAGAAGAAAGAAAAGGCAAGCAUUAAAGGCCAGAUUUUGUAACAAUCGAGUACUAUAUUUUGAAUUGGGGGGCUUUGAGCGACGUAGCAUGUUUUGGAACUUGUGGUGUGAAAAAGUAAAAUUUUUUUGUCCUGGUGUGUCGGACUCAUCUCGCUCUGAAACAUCAGUUGCCACUUCGACUACACGAAGCAGCUUGUAUUUGGUGGAUAAAAAAGUUGUAAUUUUUAAUGGUGCAAAACAAUUGUGGUACAAGUUUGGACCGAAUCCAGGUAUAAGUACAAAUCAUCUAAAUGAAGUUCUUUUGCAGAACUCUCAGAUCUCAACAAGGCUAUGGACCGAUAAGAAUUUAUACUUAGGUGAAGAUAGAAAAGAGUCUUCUUUGGAUUAUAAACCUAUCACAAAAAUAUCUUUUAAACUUACAAAAUCCAAAGAAUCUCCUAGGUAUAAACCAGUUGAAAAUAUACCGUUAGUAGAAGAGAAACACCUUGCUUAUGGCGAUAAUGUUCAAGUAAAUAGGUUUGGAUCUGGUGUAUUUGAAGGUUGUGGAACAAGCCUUUAUCUUACUUUAGAUAAAUAUGUUAGUCCUACACAUUACAGUUCUAGUUCAACGGUAGUUACUAGUAUGGAUCCUAAGUCCAUAAAUUACGAUGAUCUUGCUGAAACAUCUGUUUUGAUUUGGGAAUAUUACUCAUUUAGUAAAGAACUCAAUGGAUAUAAAAAGAGGCAUCGCAGAAGGUAUGGUUUUGUCCCAGAACCUAUGUUUUUGUAUGGAUUGGGCCCUUGGAAUAUUUCAAAAGGCGAACGCUUCUCCAUUCAAAUUAAGAGGGCGGUAUCUGAAGUAUGCCUCAAUACGUCUGAUCAGAAAAUAUCUUUAUCAAUAUCCAAACAAACACUUCUUUCAACAACGUCCUGUUCAGACCUAGGAGAUUUUAGAAGUUAUAGAAACAAUUAUUUAACUGCAUGUAAGAAACCUGUAAUACUUUUUUGGACGUCUGGUUAUUGGUAUAGACCAAUCUCUGUCAAGAACGUCUACAAUGAGCUUCAAAAACACUGGAAAAAGAUUAGACGAUCUCAAGAAACUAAACUAAAAUGUAGAAUGUCUUGUUUAGGAAAACGAUGCAGUAAUCGAAGAGUUUUAAAAAAAUAUGACAAGGAAAAGGAAACUGAUGAAGAGGAAACUAUUUUUUCUUACCGAAAGAAAAGAAAAUAUAACAUUAUUUCGACAGUUUUUGGAUCAGUGAUCGAAGAAAGUUUUCCUUUUGAUACUUUUAGAACUACGAACAAGUUCUCAUUGCAACAUAUCAAGCAAUUGCUAGAGAUAGAUAUCGCAUCGUCAUCCUGGGAUUUCGAUUCAACUUCAAUUGCCCAACAACUGACAUUAAUCGACAGAGAUCUGUUUUUGAAAAUUCCAUCAUCGGAACUGUACGUGCUCUUUAUGCAGGGAAGUUCUAGAAAUGCCCCCAAUAUAGCUGCGAUAAUAGCCUUUUCGCAUAGGAUCAGUUGCCUUAUAGCAAGUGAGAUUCUCAGGGACGAUACUGAAAAGAUUAGAGCAAGACUCGUGUCCAGAUUUAUUAACGUUGCAAGUAAAUGCCAUCGCUUGUCCAACUUUCAAUCUUGCAGGUCUGUACUGUGUGGUUUGCAGAAUCCUUCCAUUUUUAGAUUACGAAAAACAUGGGCGUAUGUUAGAAAAAAACAUGCUUCUAAAUAUCAGACUUUCGAGUAUCUUUGCCGUCUUUACCGAGAUCCCAGGAUGCCAUUGUACCAAAAGACCUUCUUUAUACUUUCGCAAGGAUCACAUUAUUUACCCUAUGUCGGACAUAUCAUCUGUAAGCUGUUAGAUAAAAUACCGGAAUAUAAAAUUUCAAUGUACCAAAAAUCACUAUCCAGACAGACGAGCCUAUGUACUUCUAAAUCGAUAUAUACCGACAGACUGUUAAACUUAAACAUGGCCAAUAAAUUGGGACAAAAUCAAAAUAUAUUUUCAAGAAUAAUGAGUAUGUUUCUAAAACCAAAUUACACGCAGAAUACUGGAGGUGAUAUGUUAAAACUUAAUACGAAUUCCAAACAGCAAAUUCAACACACUAAGAAAAACAAACGUAGCAGGCCUAAAGGAUUAUUUCAAUACUACAAGCCACUAGAUUGUUACGAAGACAGGUCGAGUGAAGGGUUAUUGGUAGCCUUAGAAAUAUUAGAAAAAGGACAAGUUGGAGCAAUGAAGUAUACUUUUAGCAGCAAUGAAUCGCUGCAAAAUUUCUUGCUUAAAGCUAGAUAUAAUAACGAGAAGAAGAAUUUUUUUAAUUCCUUGGAACUUGAAUCGUUUAAGACGUUAAAACUUAAUAAUAAAUGAUAAAGAUUUUAAAUUUAAUGUAUUUAGAACUUUCUGGAAUGAUUAGUGAAGAAUCCAGGGCAUUGAAAAAUACUUUGUAAUAUGUACCUACAUAGUAAUCGUACAACUAUAGUAUCCAGGUCAUCAUAUAUUUAAUUUUCAAAUGGUUUGUGUAUAAUUUUUCAAUUAAACGUUACUCCAGGCAUCCAA